AUUGCCACGGAACUCUUUUGAAAUGGCCGACCAAAACUUGUUCCUGUUAUGUUUUUCCCAGUAGAUUUUAAUUUAAACGGGAGGCUUAAUUAAAAAGGAGCCACCACUGGAAUUUUAGGCAUCAUUACAACUUUAAUUAAAUUAUAUGUCUACUUGUAUAAAUCAUUUUUCAUAUGACUUUAGUUUACCAGGGGUUCGUUCUACGUCAAGCAGAACCUAGCAUUUCUUUUUUGUUUACUGUAGCUGAUGUGCUAGCUAACUAGAUAUGAGUAGAUAUUUUUGAAAACAAGUCCAAAGUUGCCUUGCUUUUUACGCACAUUUGUGUUUAAGAGUGGGAUAUCAUCGACGCCAAGAUGAUAGAGGUGGUAGCCUCCAUGGCCCGAGGCCCAGUGUUUCUGGCCGGGGAGCUUAUGGAAUGUCUCAUAAUGUUCACCAACCCGAUGUCUCACCUUUCCACGUCUGCAAGCAGUGAGAUGCUAGCAUGGGCCAGUGCCCAAAUCCACUGCCAGUUUCAUGCCAGUGAAAGCAGAGUGGCUCUUCCGGCUCAGGGCAGCAAACAGGACGUUCAGGCUGAGAGUGACACAGUGCUGAUUCCCAGCAGAGGAGAGCGAGGGCAGUGUGUGUUGGACACACCACCCAAAAUAUUGUUCUGUGACCUUCGCCUGGAUCCUGGAGAAAGCAAGACUUAUUCAUACAGUGAGGUGGUGCCUGUGGACGGCCCUCCUAGUUUCCGUGGUCAGGCAGUAAAGUACGUCUACAAACUAACUAUCGGCUGCCAGAGGGUCAACUCUCCUAUCAAACUGCUCCGAGUUCCCUUCAGAGUGCUGGUGUUGCAGGGCAUGCCUGAGCCUCCGUUCCCCCAGGAUGAGGAGGUGUCCCCCAUCAAUCCAUUCCUUGAGGAGGAGGAAGCGAGCCGCAGGGAUGCUCGUCCUCUGGAGAGGGCCCUGGACAUGCUGAUGGUCACCACCUCCAGACGCUGUCCUCACAUGUUCAAUAUUACCAACAUGCGUGGAAAGGUGGCGAAGUUCUGCAUCUUCAAAACUGUGUACAGACUUGGGGAGGACAUCAUCGGGACAUUCAACUUCUCUGAAGGAGACAUUCCCUGCUUACAGUAUUCGGUGAGUCUGCAGAGUGAGGAGGAGAUCCAGCAGCAGUACCAGCGUCGUUCAGGACAGGCGGUCAGCGUAACAGGACAUGGGCGGCACAUGGAGUCCUGCCUCCACACCGCCUCCAGCCACUUCUCACUCCCCAUCCCACUGAACGUCACACCGGGGUUCAGCACAGACAUAGUGACCCUGAGGUGGCGUCUGCACUUUGAAUUUGUCACUGCCCGAGAGCCUAUGGAACCACCCACCGUUCUGCAAAACCAAUCAGAGGUCACAGUGUGGACGGGGGCGGAGCACGUCGACGUGGACACCUUCAGCUGGGAUUUACCGAUCAAAGUCCUGCCCACGAAUCCGGCCCUGGCUUCGUACGUGUCCCAGUUCACAGGAACCAACAGCAUUAACAUCUGACCGCUGUGUGUGUGUGUGUGUGUGUGUGUGUGUGUGCGUGUGUGCGUGUGUGUGUGUAAAGAGUAGCGUCUGAAACAGUUCAUCUACACAUGUUUCAGUAUUUACCUGCGUGCAUGUGUGUGACAGGAAAACAGAAAUAUGAGCUGCUGGUGUGGGGGUGAAUAUGCAGGAGCCGAGAUGCAGUUGUUUUUUUUUUUUUGUUUUGUUUAUGUUCAUGCUGAGCCGGUGGUGCAUUCCACAUGUCAAGUAUACAAACUAUAUUUUUGCCCAUAUAUUGACUACAUACUGUAUAUUUUUUGCUCUAUAUAUUUUUCUCCAUUUGCAUUUCACAUUGCAUCCUGACAUGUCAAGUCAAACUAUCUUCAAGUUGUUGUUGUGCAUCUCUGUAUUUAUUUAAUUUUGGCUUUUAUUUUCCUACUUGCUCACUUGUUCCUGGCAUUUUACAAAGUUUCCUAGUCCUAAUAUUCUGACUGUUUUAAUUGAUUUUCUUUCAGCUCGAGGUGUAAAUAUUACUAGAGGAAGAUAAAUUAAAAGUAUGACUGAAACUUUUA